AUGCAACCAACAUUGAUAUGUAAGCAACUCUAUCAAUAACAAGAUUAUCAUCAUUAGCUAAAUGCUUGAAUCGAAUUUACAAACAAAUAUUUUUCCAAGGCUGAAGCGUGACAAGAAAUAACUACAUUGAAAGACCUGGGGCCUGUUGCACAAAAGUAGAAUUAAGACAUCCGGGAUAAAUGACUCAGCUGAGCUCAAUGAAGCCAAAACAUGUGCGUCCAGGCUUAAUUGGUUGCACAAAGACCAAGCCAGGAUGAGCAGACACGGAUUCAUUAAACCAGGUGAAACCAAUCCUGGAUAGGUGCGCGCUCACGGCUCACUCAAAUAGACCCCGCCACAGAUCACAGAUUAACUGAUUUACCAUGGCAACUAGAGCCGCGUACUUUUCCCCGUCGGAAGCACAAAUCCUCAUGGAGGCAUACGAGGAGGUAAAAGAUAUAAUUAAGAAGAAAGGCAACACCGCCACAGUGAUAAAGCAAAGAGAAAAAGCGUGGCAAAGUAUUGCAGACCGCCUGAAUGCGUAAGUAGUGCACAAUUACACACUCACCGCUCCGCUGAAACAUCACAAUUACAAUUCAAAUAUUUAAUUCACAUCUCCAAAAAUGCAGUUGUACUGUAAUUAUGAAACGGUUACAUUUUUAAUUGAAAUGCACUGCAGAUAUGAGUGAAAUUGUGUAAAGUAACUCCAUCACACUGUAUAAAGCUAUGAUAAAUUUUUUGAUAUUUUUACUGAAAACAAGACAAAAAUACCAAGUAAUUUUUUGCAGUGUGACUCCAUUAAAUGUGUGUGUGUGUGUGUGUGUGUGUGUGUGUGUGUGUGUGUGUGUGUAGAUUAAACAUGAACGGGCCAAAAUGGACAUGGCAGCAGGUCAAAAUCAAAUACAAGAACAUUCUGCAGAAUGCAGUGAAAAAGAAUACCCACAGACAAGGCACGGGUGGUGGGUCACCAAAGGCUGACCUUACCCCAGCAGAGGACAUGGCCUUGGCGCUAAAUAAAGGCAGGCCCGUCUUAGAGGGGAUCCCUGGGGGGAAAGAGACGAGCAUAGGUUCCUCCCAAGAUGCCACCCGCUUCAUUCAAGUGCCUGGCAGCACUGUGUUCCUGUUAGAGCCACCAGCACAAGCACCAGACGAUGCUGAUCCAGGUGAAGGCCCCAGUGCAGCAGCAACAGCACAUGAUGGAGACAAUGAUGAGGAGGAGACCAUCUCUCUGGAUUCCAGAAGGCAUGAGGACCCAGAUGCUAUACAGUGGGAAAACCAGCCUGGCAACAUAGUGCAUAUUAAUAAAAGGACACCACAUCCUGCCAAAUUCCAGCUGCGCUAAUUGUAUUGUGUUCACAGAGCUCACAAGCUAUCAGAAAGUUGUAUGGCAACCACCUCCGGCGCCAAAUAGAACUGGCAGACAUAGACAUUCAGUACAAGAAGAAAAAGAUGGAAAAUCUUGCACUGGAGUCCGAAAUAAAAAAGAGGACAAUUAGGAAACUGGACCUUGAAAUAAAAAAACUUGAGAGGGAGGUGAGAUAUGCCUUCAAUGUACACUGUAUGCUAACUGUAACACAAAUGUAUUAAUCAUUAUUUUUCUUUCCUCCCCCAGCUCCAAGAAGAUGACACAGCUCAAAAUAAAAAUUAGGUAUAUUCUCGUAAAGUCAAGUGAGCCAUGACAUAUGAGCUCUUAUUGUGAGCACACAGGACGGUGGCAUCUUUCUAAGGUUUUUUUUAUUUUCCCAGCAAUCAGUACAACCAAGUCAUCGUUAUAAGGCAUCGCCCUCUUUUGCCCACCCCCAGCACCAGGUGUGGCCACUAGCCUAUAUGAAGGCCCAAAAUUGUGUGUUCCUUUCUGCUCUGACAAUGGCAUGCCCAUUCGUGCGAGAUGUGGUGGAUGAAGAAGCACUUGUGCUGAGGAGAGCCUUCAGGCGAGAAAGGGUCUUCAGGGCCGGUUGGACCCACUGGCCUUCCCUGAUGACCAUCUAUAUGAAAGAUACAGGUUUUCUGCAGAUGGCAUCAGGUAUCUAUGCAGACUACUGGGUCCCAGGAUUAAGCACCGCACUGCACGGAGCCAUGCACUGAGUGUGGAGCAAAUGGUUUGUGUGGCCUUGCGCUUUUUUGCUAGUGGAGCCUUCCUGUACUCAGUGGGGGAUGCUGAACAAGGCCACAAUUUGCCGCACAAUAAGGAGUGUGUGUCUGGCUAUCAAAGCAUUAGCAGAUGUCUUCAUCUCCUUCCCUGGCCACAGAAGACUCUGUGACAUCAAAGAGGAGUUCUAUAGGAUUGCAGGUUUCCCCAAUGUCAUUGGUGCAGUGGACUGCACACACAUAAGGAUAAAAGCCCCGCAGGUGCCCAUGAGGCCGAUUUUUGUGAAUAGGAAAUCCUUUCACAGCAUUAAUGUUCAGAUGGUCUGCAAUGCUGACUGUGUGAUCAGCAAUGUUGUGGCAAAAUGGCCUGGCUCAGUCCAUGACUCCAGAAUCUUUCGGGCCUCUGAAAUCUAUCACAAGGUGAAUUCUCUGGUGUGUUGCUGGGAGACAGGGGUAUGGCUGCCAGCCUUUUCUCCUGACACCUUUCACAGACCCCAGGAAGCACAGCAGGCCUACAACCAUGCCCAUGCCAGGACCAGGGCCAGAGUUGAAAUGACCUUUGGCCUCCUGAAGGCACGCUUUCACUGCCUUCACAAAUUAAGGGUCAGCCCUGUUAGGGCAUGUGAUAUUACUGUGGCUUGUGCUGUCCUCCACAAUGUGGCCUGCCUGAGGAAGGAGAGGGCCCCCAGAGUGCCACCAGCCAUGGACUGGGACAAUCCGGCAAUCUUCCCUGAUGACGACAGUGGUCGGCUGCUGAGGGACCAAUAUGUGUUGAAUUAUUUUAGUUAGUAUGUGUGCUUUCAAUUUUGGUUAAAUAUGUCCUGCGGUGGCAGAGGAAUUUGGUUUUUUUGGGUUCGUUUUUUGACGAAUUUGGCCUCUUAUGAUGUUUGUGCGGUAUACUGUGUGUAAUACAAGGCUGCAGGGAGGCUACUGCAUCCAUUCAUUUGUCUGUUCAGUUGAUGUGUAUGGAUUUGUCCUGCAUUUAUUUUAGUGUGCAGACAUGCAGGGUGUGUUAUAUACAGACCUUUGAAUGUGUAUGUAUCAUUUUGUAUAAUAUGCUUGGAUUCUGUGCUUUCCAUCUUGUAGAGUCACUGUGACUUCAGUUUCGAAAGGAGCUGAUGGUUUACCUGCUUUGUUUUGUCCUUAUUCAAUAAAGGAACAUAAUGUUACA